CACUUGACGGUGUAAACCAGAAGCAGCACAAGGUUGAUCGACACAUUUUGCCAUCUCUCCAGAGUGUUGCUGUGUGUUUCUGGGUCUAGUUUCAGAGUUGUCAGCAGCGUCAUGGCGUCUGGAGGCCCCUUGAUGAACGGUGACAUCCCUCGCUCUCCCAGUCAGUCGGGCGCGCUGGAGGAACACCUGCAGCAGAUGAACAUCCUCAUCCAGGAGAACCGAGACCUGAAAGAGGCCCUGCGUCAGACCAACCUGACGAUGAAGGAGCGGUUCGAGGGACUCUCCGCGUGGCGGGAGAAGCAGCGGGAGGAGCGGGACUUUCUGAAUAGCAGGCUGGAGGAGGCUCGGGGCCGCAUGGAGGCACUGACCCUCCAAAACCAGGAGCAGAGCAGGAGGGUGGAGGAGGACAGGAGGACGGGGGGAGCUCUCGGAGGCUUGAUGACGGUGUCAUCCAAUCAGAGCGCAGAGCUAGAUGCCCUGCGUGCCCAGGUUGCUCGCCUGCAGGCAGAGAAGAACGACCUGGUGGCCAUGAACUCGGAGCUGCAGCUGAAGGCGGAGCAGGACUCACAGGAUGACUCCUUCAUUGAGAUCAUCAGGGUCUCGGAUGGAGGCGUAGACGGCGUGAACGAUGUGUGCGGUUCGGAGCGCAGCCGACGUCCGGACCUGAGCAUGACGGCGUCCCGGCUGGAAAGUGAGGAGAUGACCGUCAGUCAGCUCCUCCAGUCUCUGAGGAACGAGACGCAGCGGGCCGAGCGGCUGCAGGCCGAGCUCCAGUCCUCUGCUGCCAGGAUAAGAGAGUUGGAGGAGAAGAAGAUGGAUGUGGAGAAAUCAACACAGACCCCCCAAGCAGAGACCAAGGAGGAUCCUGGGAAAGAGGAAAAGGCAGCGUCUGAGGUGGAGAAUCUGAAGUCUCAGAUGAUGACGUUGUUCAAAGAGCUGCAGCAGGCCCAGAGCAAGCUGGACGAAGCAGAAGGCAUGAAGAAGAACCUGCAGGACAGAUGUCGGGAGGUGGAGCACGAAGUGGUCACUCUGAAGGCUCAGCUGGUGGAGAAGCAGGCCGUUCAGUCGGAGAACGACCGGCUGAAGCUGCAGGUUGACAGCAUGCAGUCUCAGACCCUGAUGGAGCAGAGGAAGGCCGGGGAGGAGAGGAACACCCUGGCCCAGCUGAAGGAUGCGUACACCAAGCUGUUUGAAGACUACAAUGAACUCAAAGAGGAGAAGAAGAAGAGAGAGUCUCUGCUGGUGCAGAAGGAGGUGGCGGACGGGCUGCAGGAGCGGCUGAGUGCCGCUGAAGAGGCCCUGGCUGCUAAACAGAACCACAUCGAUCAAAUGAAGCUGGAGCUCUUCAGCAAGGAUGAGGAGCUGCAGACGAUAUCGGUGUUCGAGGCUCAGGCGGAGGUCUACUCCUCCGACUUCUACGCAGAGCGAGCGGCGAGGGAGAAACUCCACGAAGAGAGGGAGCGUCUGGCUGCUCAGCUGGAGUACGUAAAGAAGCAGAACAGCCAGCUGCAGGAGGAGCUGGACUCGCUGGGCAGGCGGUCGCUGACUGAGAUGCAGAAGAGACACAUGGGAGGAAAUCCACAGGGAGCCGGGGCUAGUCUGGUCGGAAGAGGUACUGACUGGCAGCAUCAGGGGAACAUUCCCGAACACGCCUGUCCCAAGUGCAAUGAGAUCCUGCCGGACCUGGACUCCCUGCAGAUCCACAUCAUGGACUGCAUCAACUAGACCUCCGGCCAUUACAAGUAUCAACGACAACAGCUGUUCCAUUUACACCUAAAUAUGAGUCUUCCUCUGCUUUUACCCGCAGCUCUUCUCAACACCAUAGUUCCAUUAUAAACCCGGUAACAUUCACUAUAGGAUGGAAAUACUUCACUUUUUGGAAGAAUUUAAGUAAAUCGGAUUUAAAGCUGUACUUAGGGUUCCUCUGAAAAUAUUUGCUCCUCUAUAGUUUGUAAUUUUUGAGUAUUCCUUAUAAAGAUUUGAAAUAGAACAAAGUAUUCUAGGACACAUCUUGCAGGUUGUGGGCCCAUGUCAAGUCUGGAAAAUAUCUGCUCAAUUAGUUCAGCCUUUAUAAUUUGUAUUUUGUUGUGUUGCUGAAGGAGAUAUAUUUAUAUAUCUUUUUUAAAUUCAUUAAAAAUUUCAAAUGUUAUUAUAGCGAUAUUCUUUGCUUGGGAAGAAGGAUGUUAUAGCACCAUGUAGGCACUUUAAUAUGAAUAUAUAUAUAUAUAUAUUUUAUUCAGAAGACACCUGGUAAUUAGAAUGUAAUAUAUUUGACUGGUUAAUUAAUCUGUCUCUUUAAACCCCAGCCUUUGUAAGUCUAUGUGCAGGUGUCUUAACACCCUUUAGAUUCUGUAGUCUGUAGAUUAUAUAGGAUUUCAGAUUCCAUAAUGUACUGUGAAUAAAAAUAAAAUCUGCAAAUUUCUGUCGGCUUU